AUGGCGGCGGUCGCGGCGGCGGGAACGCCCGUGACCUGGAACCGUGCGGAGCUGGAGAAGACUCCGCAGACGUUCGCGUCGGGCCGUCCGGAGAAGGACGGCGUGAAAUCGCUUUUCUACGAGGGCGUGCCGUACGAGGGCAAGGCGACGCGCGUCUUCGCGUAUCUCGCCGUGCCGAAGCGCCUUCCGCCGCUGGGCGAAGUUCUGGUGCGACCGUGGCUACGCCGCGAUUUUCGAUGGGACACGUGCGGCUGCGUGAGCGGCAACGAGUUCGGCGACGAGCAGGGCGGGCACCGCCGCCACGACUGGGCGGGUCCGCAGGGCUGGGGCGACUUCAAGAACGUCGGGCGGCCCGUCGCGGACCAGUGGCCCUACCAUGCCGUCGCGGCGGUCGUGCGGGCGAACUCUCUCUUGCGGUCGCUGCCGGAGGUCGAUCCGGAGCGCAUCGGCCUCACGGGCGUCUCGUGGGGCGGCUACCUCACGUGCAUGGCGGCGUCCGUCGAUCCGCGUUUCGCGUUCGCCGCGCCCGUCUACGGCUGCGGAUUCCUGGACGACAACUCCGUCUGGAAGGACAAGAACGGCGAGAACGGCUCGACGGCGGCCGAGUUCGCGAAGUGGUGCGGGCUCUUCGACCCGCGCCACUAUCUCGCCGGGGCGAAGUGCGACUUCCUCUGGAUCGACGGCUCGAACGACUUCGCGUAUCCGCUCGACUCGCUGCAGAAAUCGGUGGAGUCGCUGAACGGAGUCUGCUGGUACCGGGCGACGCGGCUCAACAUGCCGCACGGGCACGGUCCCUACGCCGAGCAUCCGCAGGAGCUCGUCGAUUUCGCCGCGUUCAAGCUGCGGCCCGAAGGGGGCGGCGCGGGUGUCGUAUCCGUUCAUGCACGACUGCCGCGAGUCGGGGGGCGAGGUGUGGGCGACCUGCACGACGGCAAGUGCGUCUCGGGCGAGCUGUUCGAGCGGACGGGCGAGGAGGCCGCGGCGCUUCGCCGGCGGCGCGCCGCGUUCGCGAAGGACGGACGCUUCCAGGCGGAUUUCUCGCGGAAGGCGCGCGACGUCCGUCCCGCGCUCCACUCGUCCGGCUGGUCGCCGCGCCUCUAUCCGCGAAAGCUGGUGAACGACGACGCGGCGAUCAAGGCGCUGCGCAUGACCUACACGCGCACGCACGACUGGGCGCUCGUCAAUUCGGGCCAGCGCCUCGUCGACACGUGGCCGCGUCUUCCCGCUGAUGCAUCUCGACCCGAAGGACCCGAAAGAACUACGUGUUCGGCCCCACCGACGAGGCGCUGA